CCUGAGCCCAGAGCCCACACCCCCUCCUAAACCCCAAACCCCUAUUGCAGCCCAGUGAAAGUGAGUGAGGGUGAAGGGAGCGAGCCCGGAGAGGGGCGGGGGAUGGAAUGGAAGGGCGGGGCCUCAGGGAAGGGACAGCAUAGAUCCUGGGUUGCCCUUAAAUUCAAAAAGUGAUCUUGGGUAUAAAAAGAUUGGCGACUAUUCUUUCAGAGCAACUCGCACAUAGAUUAAAAAUAGCAAUAACAAGAGCUCCUUGUUCCCUCUAACCUACAGAAACAAUAGCUUGAUUUGUUUACAGGGCUUUGUGGUUUGCAUGUGUAAGAGUCAUAAUACAUUGCUAAGAGGAGGGUUAAUUCAGCCGACUGAAUUGUGCAUUUAAUGCUGGCGAUGGGGAGGGGCCCCCCCCCCGGUCUUUUCUCUCUUACAGGAGCAAGUCACACAGUCUAUGUUUGGCUCCUGCAAUAGCUCUAGCUUCUGAACUCGUGAGUCUCAUCAUACUGCUUAGAGGGGCCUGUUCCAGUGUAAUGUGCCUGUCAUGCUAGGGCCUAGUCACAGAGGGAAGGGUGCUUUCUGAGCAGCAUCUGCUCCAGUCUGGUUAGAGUACAAGAAAAUAGACUCAGGCUACCACCAGGGAAGUUCCAGCAGAGAUGUGAUGCAGUGAUGAUCUCACAGUGGUGGUGGUUAGCAUCAGAGCACUCAGAACUUCUUGGGGGUAAAGUUCUCAUAGUCUCACACUGGAGGACAGUGCAGCUGGGCAGCAGGACACUCCAGGAAACUACCGGCUCCUAGCUGAGGAGGUGUAUCCCGAGCUUCAGGGGCACUCGCAUGUCUGCUAUAAUGUUCCCUUUUACCUCCAUGUGGCUUUGAUUGCUAGCAGUUGUCUUUGAUGGUUUUCCUUCCACUGCUCUGGGAUGAGGCAAGGGUAGGGAACUGAACAUAACAUAUAACAUAUAUAACAUAAUCAGCUAGCCAUGGCUCAGUGACAACUCCCUCCUGCUUGAAUGGGUCCUCACUAAGACACAUGAUUCCCUGGCCAGGAAUUGGAACGUGAGUCUUCAGCCGCUUUCAUGCUGCAGCGUCAGAACCUUGGAUCAAGAGAGAAAUGAGGCCAAAAGCUACCACCUCCAAAGACAAAGAAUCACCAGCUGCAGGCUUGCACCAGGAGCAGUGGUGAGUCAUGGAGUCCCCGUGUUCUUUCCCACCUCCUCUGAGCAGAGGCAGUGGUGCUAUUGUGGAAUCUUCUCUGCUUCAUCCUUUGCUACUCAUCAAGGAUGUGAAAGAGCAGCUAAACACGCACAUCAGAAAAAAGAGACUCCAGCUCCUGUGGGGCUUGCCAUAUAUAAUCCUGAACUCCCUGGCAGCAUCCAUCCCAUCCAUCCCAGAGUUCCUGGAAUGCACAGCGCUGCUGGAAUCUAAAGACUACCAGAGACCACUCUUCAGGGCAGAAAGGCGUAAGCACCUUGAGCGACACCUGAGAGAGAAAAUGGUGCAUCGCAAAUGGGGCCUUCCCAAGAGAAUCCAGAAGUCUUUGAAAUGGUUUAUUCCUCCAGAGGCAGCCAAACAGGAGCCCAUGCUUGAUGAGAAGGUUUCUAUAUCUACCUCUACACAUACAGGACUUUGUGAAGCUUCAUGUGGGAGCUCAGAGACCUGUACUAGCAGGAUCUGUCUGACAGCACAGAGAUCUGAAGGCAGUGGACAAACCACAGUGACACUAGGCACUACAUCUGAGACCACUCUAGCUGGAAGCAUGAGAAAUCUUCAGAGAUGUCAGACCCGAACAUGUCCACAGAAUAAAACAGGAGAGGAAUCUCUGCUGCUGGAAUGGUCUAUGAAUUGCAACCCAGAUACAACUGAGCUGCCAGUGAUUGGGGAGAAGAAAAAGCACCUGGAGUUCCAGGGAGGGAAGGAGAACUGUGACCUUUCAGAAGACACUGAGGGCUCCAGGGACACAUUUUUGCUGGGUACAAGUCCACCAAGCACACAACCAGCUCUCCUCAAUGGGGCUCAGAGUGAAAUUGGAACUAGCUUCAUGAACACACGGUUCAGAAAUAGCAAAGGACAAUGUAACCAGAACCUGGAGCUCGGGACGAAGCUUGAGAUGGAAUGGGGUGUCUCCUACAUGUUCCAGGAAUCCUGUCCUGCCAUGAGACCUCUCCCUGCCCAACUCACUUACUGGGAGAGAAAGCCCAGCUCAGGAGCAGAAAAAAGCCCUGUAAGCAGGAUCAGUGGGUCUCAAAAAUUACCCAAUACGUGCCAAUGGGGAUUUUCCCAGGGACUCUUAAGGGCCAUCAAUCCUCCAGAACAGUCACAAUCACAGCUGCUUUCACAGGGCAGAGAGGAGGUUCCAAAAUCUAACUUUGUCCAGGAAGGACAGAAAUUUCUUGGAAUAGCUGGCUCUUGUAGGUCAGUAAUUAGGCACAGAACUGAGCAUGAUGCAGCUGAGCCCUCUAGGGCCCUGUUACUGCCAGGGCAGUUAGCCUCACUGGAAGGUGAGAAUCAAGAGACUGGGCCAAUGGUGGCUCUUACAGAGCUCUCUCUGGAAUCCCAGUUCCAACCCAGCCUAGCUGGAGUUCCCUGGGCUCUCAAUGGAGAUAUGCUGAGGAAUAAAAAUCUUCAGAUUAAAUUGGGUUUGCAGAGUCCCUCCCUAGUGCCGAUGACCCUCAGCACCAACCUGGCAGCCUCCCUGCAUAUCCCAGGAGUUGAGGGUGAAGAAAGUCUUGUUACAGAUGACACAAAAAAAUACUUUGAAUUCCACCUGAGAGAAAAAUUGCUGCAUCAGAAAUGGGGACUCCCUAAGAGACUGCAGGAAUCCAUGACCCUGUUUCUACUGCUAGAAGCAACAAUAAAUUAAUGCCUUUCUUCCCCAAGGAAGACUGGGAUGUGCUGCUCUGGGUCUCCUUACUCUCCUUCCAGGACAGAAUUCUACAGUACUUAUCAUCUCCUCUAAAUUUCUGUUACCAUUAAAUAUAACU